UUGAUUAAAAAGAAUCUGAUCUUCUGUGACUACAAUUGUGCCAUUGUGAUCGCCAAAUUGGACGAUGUAUCCAUAACUUCCAUUGAGGAAGAUAUACGUAAAAAUUUUAAUGCUGAAAUGAUGGAAGCUGGCGAGACCAUUGCUGAAUAUUUGGGACGAUUUGUAAAGUGCCAGGAGAAGUUUUCAUUCUUAAGUGGACAGCGAAAAUGGCUGGAGAUGAUAGUUGAAGCAUGUCGACGUUUUGUUGGAGAACCUGUUCCAUCUCAGGCUGCUGCCACAAUUGGCAACGCUCCAACUACUGCGGAAAAUGGUAACUUUAUCCAUUUUAUAAUUUUUAAGGGAAGCUUUUUGAGCAGCCUAUCUUGUUUAGGCGAAUCUUCCAAUAACUCUAACAAUCUUCCCACUGUGAAAACCAACAAAAUUGGUCGGGAUGAUGUUGAGUUCGUGGUCGUGGCCAUCUCGGGAAGUUGCAUGUCAAUUAGCAGCAAAUUUCAAAGCCACAGGCACUGCCGGAGCGAACAUAGAUUUGCUGUACAUCAACCCGUCACACCACAGUGAACUGUUAAAUUGUAUUGUACAGAGUGACUUGAAAAGAUUUGAAUCGGUUCUUUCCAGUUCGUUGGCACUAUCUCUCAGACUCGACGGUUCAGUCGACCGUAUGCAAAAGCAUAAUGUAUACGUACUCAUACACGUGAUUACCGAUGUUGGUGAAGUAAAAACGUUUUUCUUGGGGUUCGAUAUUCCAGUAGGCAACAGUGCUCUUUCUUAUCAAAAAGUAACACAGAAUAUUGUCGAUGAAGUUUUGCCGUGGGAAUCACUGCUAUCGAUGACCACUUCAUUAGUUACUGAUGGCGAAAGAAAGAACACAGGUCAUCUUACAGGACUGUGGCAACGACUGAAAGAAGAAAAAGAAGAAAUUUCGGAAGGUCCGUUCAUUACAAUAUGGUGCGUCGGUCAUCGUGUGAACCUAGGGUGGAAGUCAACUUGUCAACUGCCAAUAAUUUCUGAUGUCAUUAGAAAAAUCAUAAAUGUUUCUUCAUAUUUUCAUCAAUCUGGUGAAAAAACAAGACUUCUCGACGCAAUAGCAACAGAAAAAAACCUAAACACUCCAUUACACUACCCAAAGUACUUCGAAAUUCGCUGGUCAGAGUUUACACACAAUUUGUUGUAUGUAUUCCUGAGAAACUGGAAUGCUAUGAUGUGGCAUUUUAAAUCAGCGAAAGAAACUCAUUUCGAAAACUUAUGGCUCUCUCGAGAUAGAAUUCGUUUGGUUGCAUUUUUGUGUGACGUCUUGACUGUACUAAAAACAUUUCAGAAGACCUUCCAGUCAAGCACAAUAUCAAUUUUGCAUUUAUCACCCAAAAAAAUCAAAUUGAUGGAAGAUCUCACAUCGAUAAAAAACAAACAGUUGGAAAAUGGUUGGGAAGAGUUAUUGCUAAAACAAACGGUCACUGCAACUGAUGGCUGUAUUUCCCUGGUAGAUCACAAAUUGAUUUCGAACGAUAGACUUCGUAGUGCCCCGUUUAUGUUUACAACCGAGAACCGAAAUGAAAUUAUUGAUUCACUCAUCACAAACUUAAACGAAUAUUUUGAUGUGGAUGCAACUGUACAAAACGGGCUCGCCCCACUACUUGAGCUUGACCCAAGCGCAACAUACGAUUCCUUAAAUAUUUGCCAUUCAAUAAUUAUACCGGAAAUGGAAUUCGACGUUUUCCGUAUCGAAUACUAUGAGGCUGCUAAUUUACUAAACAUCAAGGACAGAAAAGAUUCGCUACAGAGUGUGCUGAAAUUGGAACAAACUUCCACGAAAAGAUUUAAAGUCUUAAAGUCGGCUUUAGCCAGAGCGUAUGCUAUCAAACCACAUUCUGCUGACGUUGAAAAUAUCAUCAACGUAUACAACAAAUACAAGGACGUCGACCGACAGUUACUUUCGAAAAAAACUCUUUUCAACAACAUCUAUGUGCACACAAAUAUGUGUACAUUGAUCGAGUUCGAUCCCACUCCAGCUGCAGAGUAUUGGUUGAACCAAAAGGAUCGCAAACCAAGAUAUGGAACCAAAUCCACUCAGCAAGAGUGGUAUAGUGGGGUGUUUCCGGAAGCAAAACAUUACGAUAGACCCAAUUCGCGAAAAAUUCAGUUUUGAUCAAUGUUUUGGCUUUCGUAAUUUGAAAUAAAGUUAUAAAUUCUGCGUUUGUUCAAUUUUUCAUUUUUUUCAAAUUUUCCCAAAU